AAAAAUUUAGCAAUUGUAUUACCGUUUCCAAGCAUUUUCUAGCAUUUGUACAUACCCAAUAAUUUUAAAUAACGCCCUUCCAGUUUUGUUGUACAACAUCAACAAAAUUUAAUGAAAUUAUAAUUUUUGUGAAAAUGAAAAUCAUAAAUUUUAUAUUGAUUAUAACAACUAUAUUCAUUGAUUUUUCGAAAAGUCAACCAACUUCAAAAACAAAAUACGGAAAUAUAAUUGUUAAGGGCGGAAGAAAUACAAUCAACAUAAUAUAUCCAUCAGAUCAAUAUAUUCCGUAUAAUGGAACAGUAGAAAUUACUAAAAGUAUUGAAAAAUCUCUUGAAAACUUUUUUGACCGAUUGUAUAAUACAACAAUCAAAGCAUUGCAAGCUAAUCCUAAUGGUUUACAAAGUAAUUUUGAUGAAACGAAAUUUCCUAUAAAUUCAAGAAAUUCAGAUAAAGAUUUUGGAAGGCAAAUUACUGAGGCUACAGAUAAAUUGGAUUUGGAAAAAUAUGAUACUGAUAAUUAUGAUACCAAUAAAUUUAGUAAUACAAAACCAAUAAAUGAUAACGAUAGUAAAAAAUCAACAAAGGACGUACCAAAUCAAACAACCGAAAUUAAGCAACCAGAAAAAAAUUUAAAAGAUGUCACAAAUUAUGAUUGUGGUAUUAUAUCGAAACCAGUUAAAUCACUGGUUGGGAAAAGUAUUCCACCAGGAGCAUGGCCAUGGUGGGCACCAAUAUUAAAAUAUAAUUCAAAGGGACUAUUGGAAUAUGACUGUGGAGGUACACUUAUAUCAAAAUAUGUGGUAUUGAGUGCGGCAAGUUGCUUCCCGAAAGAAACUUUAUUCAGUAUUAAUUUAGAAAUAGAAAAAUAUCGUAUUGGUUUAGGACUUUCUGAUCGAAGUAAUUUCAAAGAAUCAAAUUCUUUUAUAGCCAAAAUUACAGAGAUAAUAAUACAUCAAAAUUAUGAUGAUGAGGCAAUAACAGAAUCUUAUAAUAAUAAUAUUGUUAUGAUGUUUUUACAAAAAUGGCAUAAUUUCAAUGAAAGAAUUCGACCAACAUGUAUUUGGCCAGAUAAUCCUAGUCAAAGUGAAAUUGAAAAUGAGGAAGGUUAUGUUGUUGGUUUUGUUAAUAAUAAACCGAAUACUAAUUUCAGUAUAUUUAAAACUAAUAUUCAAUCAUCAGAAAGUUGUAUUAGAUCAAAUCCGAAUUUAAAAUCAAAAAUAUCAGAUACAAAUUUCUGUACCAAAGCUAAUUCUGAAACUUUUUGCUUUAAUAUAUAUGGUCAAGGUUUAUUAAUUGAAAAAAAUGAUAAAUUAUACUUGAGAGGAAUUCUUGUGGGUAGUAUAGCAACUGCGUAUACAUUUUGUAAUUUGAAUGUAGAAGCUAUAUAUACAGAUGUUUCCAAGUUUUACGAUUGGAUAACACAGAAUAUAAGAGACUAUGAUUAUGAAGAGGAAUCUUAAACGAAAUGAAGAUAUGCAAUUUCAAUACAAUUUGAAAUUCUAAAAUUUUGAUUAAUUUUGUGAGAUUAAAUUUUAAUAAAAUUUAUAUAUAAAGUUUCAAAAAAUAUUAUUAGAAAGCAUUUUGAAUAAAAUACUAUUUCUCUUUAUAUCUAAUUCGAAUAUAUCUAA